AUGAUAAACAAACUUUUAUGCAAGUUUUCAAACAGUGCUUUUAAACUAUUAUAAAAUAAGGUCCAAACCCAAGAAUUGAAUAAAAUUAAGGAUUUUUGUUAAUUUUUUGAAGAAAUUUAAACAUAUUCUAAAGAAAAAAAAUUCAUUAAUUUUGAAGAAAAAUUAAAUGAGAUGUAGAAAUUUGAUAUUGAUUAAAACAAUCUUUAAACUUUGUAAUGGAUGUAUUAGAAUGUUUUUGACCAUCGCUUAUUAAAUGAUACCUUCAAUAAUUUACUUGGGUCUUAAAUUAUUUUAUUCAUCAAAGGAAUAAAUAAUAAUAUAAUUAGUAGAGAAUAUUUAAAUAGUUAUGUAUCCUAUUUAAACAAUUAUCAUAUCAUUAUGUAAUUUAAUAUAUUCUAUACUAUCAAUUUAGUAUAGUUUUUAUAUUCAAUUCAAAAAAAAUUUGGUUCUUUGAAUUAAGGGGAAUAAAAAAUUUUACAUAAUGUUUGUGAAAAUUAUCAAUAUUUUAUUCAACAUCUCAGUCCAAAUUAUGUUUGUCCCUAAUCUUAUUAUUUGUCAUAAAUAAACCUUAGUUUCUAUAGUAUUAAACUCUUUUUAAAUAUAUAAAUUUAAUUCACUAAAAGAAUUUCAGAACUCUUGGAAGGUUUUAAUGAAAAUCAACUGAAAUCAAUUUAUUAUUCUAUAGGAAAAGAAGGAUUUUAUACUAACAAGAUUAAAGAUUUCCUAUUAAGGAAGAUAAAUGAAAAUUACGAAAUUAAAUCAGAAGAUCAACUUAUUUCUCAAAUCAAUUUGUUUUUGUGUGUUACAAAUAUAUUAAAUUCGACAGAAAUUUAAAGCUAAUUACUUAAAAAAAUUCAAAAUAUUCUCAAAGUAUAAGACUAAUUUUUAGAAAUUAGAAAAUCGUAUAUUGUGUCUUUUUAUUAAUAAAUUCUAAGAUGCGACAUUUAUGAUGAAUUUAUUUGGAAUAAAUAUUUUUAAAUUGAAUCUAAAAUUUAAGAUUCUUACAGAAAAAAUUUUAUUAGUUACAAUCUGAUUCAAUUUAAAUCAAAAUUAAGCAAAUCUUGCUAGGCUUAUGUGGAAUAGAAUUUUGAGUCAAAUAAGGAAAUUUACUUAUAAAAGCUUAUUGACAACAGAUCGAGUUCAUCUAAACACAUGGAAAAGCGUAUUUAAUAGCUUUUUGACGACUUAUAAUUAGAUUACUAAAAAAAUAUAUACAGUAAUGUUUUAUUAUAUCUUUAGUUGAUCAAUUUGAAGUUGACUUUUAUUUUCCUAAAUAAAACUUAAUUAUAGAAAUAUGUGGUCCUAUUCAUUAUGCAUUUAAUAUAGAUGCUACAGAAGGAGUUCCACUUAAAACACAUAAUUCAGAUUAAGAAUUAUUUUUACAGUAAUCUCUAAAUUAGACUUCACAAUUUAAAAAAAAAUAUCUUGAGAAUUUAGGAUACAAAGUUUAUUAUCUGAAUUUCUUUGAUUAAAGGCACAAAAACACUUAACUUUAAAUUUUAGAAUACCUAUCUUCAUUAAAAUGA